UUAUGUAAACUUGCUGGUGAAAGCGUUCACCGAUUCAGACCAACAACAACUGGCAGUAAACAAAUAAUUCAUAGUAAUUUAGCGUUUGUGACCUGAGAAAGAUGGCUUUUCAACCACCAAAUACUGGACAAGAAAGACAGAAUCGGAAGAUCCUUGAGCAGUUGGAAGAACAAAAGAAGCGACUUCGGAUAAUGUCCGCUACAGCACCAGGAACCCCUCCAGUCAGUGGUCCAUCUCCGGCAGUAGCCUCCUCCCCAGCUGUUACAGCCCAGCCUAUGGUAUUGCCAGAAACACAGCCAAUGAACCCAGCACAGAGAACUGCAUUACAGCAUGCCAAUGCCAACUCGUUUGGAUACUUCUUCACCCAAGACUCCUCAUUUGGCAACCUCAUUCUUCCAGUGUUGCCACGGUUUGAGAAUGCAAGGACUUGAAAUACAGGGGGAUUAAGGGAAAAAUAAAGCUGUACAGACGAGGAAAAGGCACCAAUUGUUAUCCAAUACGCUGGAAUGACAUUUACAAGGAGCAAACCAGUCUGGUGAUUUGGCAUGGUUUAAGAAAGUCCGACCUUUUUCAGUUUGAUAAAAUGCCAUAAUAUAAACAAAUGGUUGUCGUCACCGGCAAUUUAUCAUUACUAUUUUAGCACUUCUUUUACGUGUGAAAGGCCUGACUUUGGCAAAAAUAAUGUGUUUUAUGUGUGUAUAUCUCAAGCAGAUAAGGUUAUUUUUGAUUUAGGCGAUAUUUCACCUUUUUCAUGUUUUUUAUUACAUGAUUGUAAUGCUAUUUCAAGAAUUUCAUGAGUAUGUAUUUUAUUUGGCAGGAGUUAUUGUUUGCUAGUUUCAAGUGUUUUAUAAGUUAUUCAUGAAUUAUGUGGUACUGAUGAAAUAACAUAUUGGAAAAUAAUGUUGUUGUCAUGGUGCUUUUGUACUUGGCAGGAAGCCAAGGUAAUGAAUCAACCAUAGCAACCCACAAGAUGGCAGCUUUUUGAACCCUUGAUAGGUACAAUUUUCAAGAAUAACAUGGCAAGAAAAUGUACCAGUAGAUAAGAAUUUUGUUAUUUAUAUUAUAAAACUUGUUUUCUUUCUUUUUUAUUUCAAGAUAACAAAAGAUAAGUAAUUUGUAAAAUAUAAAGUCAGAGUA